GCAGUCACUCGAGUGUUUCACCAGCCAAAGCAUCAUUUAAGUCCAAAAUUCGUACAACAACCUUGGCGACCGCAUCUGCAAGGCGCUCGAGUUUUUCAUUUUCUCAAAAGCAAAUAUUGGACAAGGAAUGAUAUUGUCAAGCAAAUGACUGAUCGGGGGCAUGUCUUGAGACAACGCAUUCUGUCUGAAUAUUGUGUUUUUCCUGAAUCAAGCCCAAUUUCCUGAACAAGAAGAAGAAGACGAAGAGAUAAGAACAAACGCCAGCAUCUAGAUCCUCAACAAAAUCUGAAUACAGGGCCAUGGCCAGAUUGCUAGAGGACAAGCUCAGUUCUUUUUUGCAGGCAUGUGGAGAUUUCAGGCAGGUCUUUCAGAUCCACGCCCAGAUGAUCAUCAAUUACCUCAGCCAGAGCCACUACCUCUUGCCUAAGAUCGUCGCUCAGUGUGGUACUUACAGCCGAAUGUCCUACGCACACCAAGUGUUCAGCCAAACGCAUCGACCGAACGUGGUUCUCUGGAACACCAUGUUCAAAGGGUACGCCGAGAAUGAGUUCUACAGGGAAACCGUGGAAUUGUAUGCUCGGAUGCACAGGCAAGGUAUUCCGCCCAACAACUUCACGUUUCCGUUCGUCCUUAAGUCUUGCGCCAAGCUCUCUGCCUUCAGGGAAGGGACGGAGGUGCACUCUAUUGCUCUAAAGAUGGGGCUUAUUGCCAAUGUGUUUGUGGCCACCACACUGGUUGAUGUAUAUGUUAGUUGCAGGGCAACUACGAGUGCACGACGUGUUUUUGAUGAGAUGUCCGUAAGAAAUGUCAUCUCUUGGACUGCAAUUAUUGCUGGAUACAUCUCGGUUGGGGAUCUGGCUUUGGCACGAAAUCUGUUUAAUCAAGCUCCGGAGCAUGACAUGGUUUUGUGGAACACCAUGCUAGUUGGUUAUCGAGACUCGGGCGAUAUGGUGAAAGCACGAAUGUUGUUCGAGGAAAUGCCAGUGAGAGAUGUGAUAUCUUGGAACUCCUUGCUAAUUGGAUAUGCUAACGAUGAAGAUCUGAGCUCAUGCUUGAAGGUGUUCGAGGCAAUGCCUGAGAGAAAUCUGUUCUCUUGGAAUGGCAUGCUUGGUGCUUAUGCAAAUAGUAAUCGGUUCCAAGAUGUAUUAAACUUGUUCAGACAAAUGUUGGAAUCAAAACUUCAGCCCAAUGAUGCAAGUUUGGUGAUCGUCUUAUCAGCCUGUGCAAGAUUGGGUGCUCUUGAUACUGGCAAGUGGGUUCAUUCUUAUGCGAACAACAAUGGUUUCAAGAAUAACUUAUAUGUCGACAAUGGGUUAGUGGAUAUGUAUGCAAAAUGUGGAAGCCUUGAAACUGCUAUCUGCAUAUUUGAUGAAAUGCCCAAGAGAGAUGCGAUUUCGUGGAAUGCAAUGAUAGGAGGGCUAGCUAUGCACGGCCAGGGUAUCGAGGCACUGGGGUUCUUUGAGAAGAUGCUAAAGAGCAGAGAAAUUCCAGAUCAUGUAACUUUUGUUGGUGUUUUAUCAGCUUGUGCACACAGCGGCCUUGUAGACGAAGGUCUUCAAUACUUCUGUUUGAUGUCUAAUGAGUAUGGCAUUCAACCGAUGAUAGAACAUUGUGGUUGCAUGGUUGAUCUUCUUGGUCGUGCAGGGUUACUUGUGGAGGCAGCUGAUUUCAUAAGCAGGAUGGCAAUGGAAGCUGACUCCAUCAUCUGGAGUUCCCUUCUAGGUGCAUGUAGGUUAUAUGGUAACAUUCGGCUGGCAGAGUACUGCAUAGAGAAACUGAUUGAACUUGAGCCAUCAAAUGCAGCAAAUUAUGUUCUGAUGUCCAACAUAUAUGGAGCUGCAGAUAAGUGGGAAAACUUUGCGGAGGUAAAACUGACAAUGAAGGAAAAGCGGAUUCGAAAGAAACCAGGACGAAGUUCCAUAGAGGUGAACAACUCCGUCCGUGAUUUCUAUUCAUCAGAUGAUAGGCAUCUAAUGGCAGAAGUCUAUGACAUUCUGAAGGGACUAACAGAAGUUCUGAAAUCAGCAGGAUAUGAACCAAGUAUUGAUUCACUAACUUCUCCACAAGGAGAGGAAAGCUGAAAUA